GCAGAUUGUCAAACGCCAUCUUUAAACCCCACUGGAGGCCAGCUACAGUUGUACUGGGAUGAAAAAACACUGAUCUCGCAGCAGGACGUCACGUCAAAUGGUCAGGAUAGCGUUUUCCUGGUCAAGUGCACAUUAAAGACCAGUCCGAUAAGACUAUGAGAAGACCGUCACGGGACGCCGCAGGAGCUUUUUAAAAAAAUGUUGCUAACAUAAGGCAGAGAACAACAACAGACGGAAAGACAACAACGCUAGCAGUUUGCUAAGCUAACGUUAGCUAAUUCAUUAGCAAACCUCUCUGGCUGCGUUUGAAAUCCAAACCACACGGAAACGGUUGCUGGCACCGUGUACGCUGUUACUUCCUCCGGCGGAGCCAGCCGUCAUUUGGCUUAUUUUUUUUAAAUACCAGCUUUCUGUUUAAAAUUUUUAUGCUGUUGCACUUGCUAGCUGAAAGCUAAGUCCUGACUUCUCCCCCAGCGGCCCAGCCGGAGAUGCGUGGAAGAUGUCGGUGUCGGGGCUGAAGGCCGAACUGAAGUUUUUGAAGUCUAUUUUUGAUCCAAACCACGAACGGUUCAGGAUAAUUGACUGGAAGCCCGACGAGCUGAGCUGCCAGUUUAAUGUGACUGGAGAAAAGCUACUUAUCAUUCACUGCAACAUAACAGAGUCUUAUCCAUCGACGCCACCAAUAUGGUUUGUUGACUCUGACGACCCGAGCCUGGCUCAAGUUUUGGAGAGGUUGGAAGAUGUGAGGAAGGGCAGCACCCUGCUUUUGCAGCAGUUGAAAAAGCUGAUCUGUGACCUUUGCCGCUUGUACAAUCUUCCACAACAUCCUGAUGUGGAGAUGCUAGACCAGCCCCUGCCUGCAGGUCCUGUUGAAAAAGACAGAAAGCAUGGAACAGAGGAGGUCACAUCAGAAGAAGAGGAGGAAGAUGAUAUGGGUGAAGACAUUGAAGACCUGGACCACUACGAGAUGAAAGUGGAGGAGCCUGUGGACGGGAAGAAAUCAGAAGACGAUGGCAUUGAGAAGGAAAAUCUAGCAAUCCUUGAAAAGAUCCGAAAAAACCAGAGACAAGACCACCUAAACGGAGCUGUAUCUGGUUCAGUGCAGGCCUCUGACCGCCUGAUGAAGGAGCUAAGAGAGAUCUACAAGUCUCAGAGUUACAAGACAGGCAUCUACUCAGUGGAGCUGUGUAAUGACAGCCUGUAUGAAUGGCACGUCAAACUGAGGACGGUGGAUCCAGACAGCCCCUUACACAGUGAUUUACAAGUCUUAAAGGAAAAAGAAGGAAUGGAUUACAUUUUACUAAACUUCUCGUAUAAGGAUAAUUUUCCUUUUGAUCCACCAUUUGUCYGGGUAGUUUCUCCUGUGCUUUCUGGGGGUUACGUUCUUGGAGGAGGCGCCCUUUGCAUGGAACUUCUCACCAAGCAGGGUUGGAGCAGUGCCUAUUCCAUUGAGUCUGUCAUCAUGCAGAUCAAUGCCACUUUAGUCAAAGGAAAAGCCAGAGUGCAGUUUGGAGCCAAUAAAGUUGGUACACACCCCCUAAAGAGGAUGGCUAAUACAGACUGUUGCCUUUCCUGCCCUGGGACCACAUGUCUUAGAUUUUUUUUCUUCUUCCCCUUUUUUUUGUGUGACCAAUAUCAUUUUUAGCCUGCGAAUAAUAUUGUUCUUUACGUGGCCGUUUGAACUUCAAACCAAAUUCCUCAUUUAAUGAUCCCCCAAAACCCACCCAGACUCAGAUCCGCUCAUCUCCACCUACAAACGGACACUGCUGCUACCUGCAAUGUUGUCCUCUCUUCAGAAACUCAUCUUUUUGUUUAUCUGUUGUUUGGAGAAGUCUUUUUUUUAUUUUAUAGUCAUCCUAUGCCUCACGAAUUUGGCAAACAAAAACAUCCUUCAGCUUCACACUUUUGGUUUUUGGCAUCAAGCAUGUCAAAAGGUUACUUGCCGGCUUGGCGUCGAAAGGUGCAGCAUGACUUUUGAGGCUGGAUGACUUUUACACCUCUUUUUAUUUUUUGUUUCUUUGGAAAGACCGAGGAGGGGAGGACAACGAUGAGGACUUUUUUUUUCGCAGGCUGGUUGGGAUGGGUCGUUGGGAAGAACAGCGCGCUGCUGACUUUUCAGACUUGGAGAGGAAAAAACCCUCAGCUUCACCUUCGUCCUCAUCAUCCCAACCAGCGGCAGCAGGGCAACUCUCUGCAGGAGAGGUUAGAMGUGGGACUCGUCUGGCAGCGUAACGAACAUGAUCAGGCAAAGCAGGGGCAUGUUUGGAUUGGAUCACACUGUAAUGUAACUGAUUUUAACUCCACUGUAAACAUGUAAAUUUGUAUUUCUGCUAAAGGACUUGUUUAUAAUGUAACCUUGUGUAGGUCUUUGGCUGKGCAGAGACUGUAAUACUAUAUACAUUUAUUAAUUGCAGGGGCGCUGCAACUUAGGACCCAUUUGAAAAAAGAAAAAAAAAAGUCAGAUGCUUUUGAAGUAUCAGAAGGAAACAAAAGUUCACCAYGUUCCUGUGUAAACUUAAUGACUACUGCAGUUACGGUUUGUAUUUUUGUUGACCUCUAAUCCUUUGUUUUUCUUUUGGGCAACCAUGACAAUUCCACCCCUCCCUUCAUUUGAUGGCUUCAUAACAAUGAUGUCAGCUGUCUGUGGCAUACCAAAGGUUUGGACAUUCAUAUCACUCAAACUAGCUGAACCUCAGGAAGGCUAUGCAGCACGGACACAUUCUUAUGGAGUUUCUGUUGAAAUGAAGAACGUUAAACAGCUUCGUUAUCUCCUGCUUGGUUCCUAAAGCUAUUUCUGAUUUCUGACUACGCUAGUUUAGCUGUCUUUGUCGGGGGUGGGGUGGGGAAUUAACCUUCUGACUCCUUUUUGACCUCACGGCUGUUUGUUUUUCUUUCUUUACAACAAAAAAAAGCAGCGUUACAGAUUCACAGCAAUAGUUUCCUCCGCUAACAUUUAGCUUCACACACCUGGAGUCUGUUGUGUUUCCAGAAUGAUUUGUUCAGGUUUAAUAAAUAUUUGUUCCGAUUUGCCACAGGAAAAAAAAAAAUUAACACAUCUCAUCCCAUUACCACUUCUCUGGUUACUAUUCAUGACCACUCUCAGCACAGCUGUAUACCCCCACAGUGUGCCAAGGCUUUGAUGUAAUGUGAAUAAUAUGCAGAAAACUGCGUGGAGCAUUCCAAUUAAUGCGGCUACACAUUUGUGGGUGUUCGCAUUUGGUUUAAAUAUAUUGUCCCGAUAACCAGAGUUAAAAGGCUUAGUUACUCCAUUUCACGCAGUCAGUUUUUUUUUUCUUUUUUUUAAUUUCGGGCGUUUCUCUCAGAUGGGUCGAAACCGAAGAUUCAUACUCGGCACAUCUGACAUUUUCUUCGAGAAUAUGACAAAAAACGUAUUUGUUUUUAUACAGUAAUCUACAGAUCGUAGGCAUGGUUGUUAGCUGUUGUAAUGUGCGUUUGUAUUGUACAGAUUACCCCUCCCCAACAUUUUGGCCAAAUUGUUUCUCCCCCACCGUUGCAUUUUCCAGACAAGCAAACUCAGGAAUACAUAAGUGCACGCUCCACUUUGCAAAAGAUUGGUUCAGUCCUGCACAAAUGGCAAGAUUGAAUGUCUCGAUUUUUUUUUGUAUUUGUUUUUUAUUUGUUUUGCCCCUCUUCCAGUUUUUAAACAACGCCCUUGUUUUCCCUGCAGACAUUGUAUUGUURCAUUCCACAUGUUCCUCUGAAGGCUAAAGACUUUUAAUCAAGUGGUUUUGAACGGUCCAUUAGAGUGAGCAGAGAUGGCUCCAACCCUCAGAAUAUGCUGGCCUCGUCAACGAGGGGUUCAGAGCACACGUACCUUUCUCUUUGAUAUUGCUGUGUUUUGCAUGUCAACAUGGCAAUGGGUAUUUUYUUUUUUUUUUUUUUUUUUUUUUGUUGUUCUCCCCACAGCGUUGCGGAUGACAGAGUGGCUUUAUUGGAUGAUUAGAAAAAGUAGAUGCUUCCCAUCUUUUCAUGACUUGUUUAGUGGUUUCCCAGAGCAUUCAUCAGUGCACCGGUCAGACACGUUAUCUUGCCUCCUCGGACCUUACUACCUUUUUAAAAGAUGAUUCCCAAGAAAAGCAGCAGCAGCAGCUGAGGUUUGUGUGCCGUCAGAUCAAAAUGUAACGCAUCACACGGCUGAUGUUCUGAAAAAUCCAGUGCACUGACGGCAGCCUGUUUCUGACACACGACACCCGACUGAACAUGCCUGAUUCUGGGUUCCUUACCUUGCUUCAUGAACUGCGGUGGCCGGGUUAGAAAAGUUAUGCACUGUUCGCAUGCUUUUUUUUUUUUUUUUGCUUUUUUUUUUCCAGUUGCAAGGGUGAUUUUGACAAUGUAAAGGAAUUUGUAAACUUGCAUCAAGUUUAUGAAUAAAAACUUUUAUGAAAUAA